GAUACAUUUUCGGAGACUUCGGUUGUAGCGUUUUUUAUGCACUUCGCGGCUUCCGUAGACAUUUGCCUCAUCUCUAUGUUUGCUCUCAACUGUAUUAUACGGCUGUGCUCUCCGCGGUCAGGAAAAACCGGUGUGCAGCUAUCAGUGUGAGCUAUGGAGCAAAUAAAUAAUCUCGAGGUCGUCCCGUGCACUGACUCCAAUUAUCUGAAACCUUUCAGGGUGCACUACAGCCAGAAUGGAACAAAGAAAUACUGGGACUUCAUGCGCACCCAUGACAGCGUGUCAGUCCUGAUCUUCAACACCACCUCCCAUUGUUUUGUCCUGGUCAAGCAAUUCCGUCCAGCUGUGUACAUGAGCGAAUGGGAGCGCAGCAAAUCCAAGCCCCCAGAGCCGGCCGAGCAGCCGGAGGGAGCGGAGGGGGCCGAGGCUGGCACGGCGGCCCAGCCGGAGGCCUCCAAGUCCGGGGAGGGCGACGGCGGGGAGAAGGCAGGCGACGAGGCCGUCGCGUCCCCCGGCCAGCCCCCGGUGUCGGUGGGUGUGACCUACGAGCUGUGCGCGGGGCUGGUGGACAAGCCCAACCUGACGCUGGAGGAGAUCGCCCGGCAGGAGGUGCUGGAGGAGUGUGGCUACGACGUGCCCGUCACCAAGCUGCGGAAGAUCACCUCCUACAGGUCAGGGGUGGGAGUGACCGGUGCCAUGCAGACCAUGUUCUAUGCCGAAGUGUCGGAUGAGAACUGCGUAGGCGAGGGCGGCGGGGAGCCGCAGGAGGGCGAGCUGAUCGAGGUGGUGAAGGUGCCGCUGCAUGAGGCCAUGAGCUUCGCCUACGACGAAAAGAUCCCCAAGACCAUGGGCGUCAUCUUCAGCUUCAUCUGGUUCCAAAGCAACAUGUCACCUAAAUACAAAAUAUCCACCAACGUGUAACGGCAAACCUCCCUCUCACCACCUCCCCUUCAUUGACCCCCUCACCCCCCAAACACAUACUGCACUGAUUUACCAUCCACUCAUUCACACACUCCCCCACACACACACCCAAGCCCUCUGACAUUAGUCACACUUCACUGUAAGUUAUAGUCCGACUGGGCAAUCAUGUUGUACAUUCAAGAGACAGUGGUUCAAUAUUAGUUUCUUUCACUUUCUUUCGCUGUGGUACUUCUGUAUGACGAAGCAAAAUAUCAAGUUUGAUGUUUCAUACCGUUAGUUUCUUUUCUCUCUCUCUCUCUCUCUCUCUCUCUCUCUCUCUCUUUAAAAAAAGAAAUACUUCUUGUACUUCUUAUUUAUUUGAGUUGUACUUUUAAAAAGUCAGGGUCCACAAGAAGCCGGAUUUGUCUCUAGGUACGUAUGGUGAGGUGGCAAGAUCUGGUUUCAGGAAUGCAUUAAAUCACUAUGAUCUUGCCAGCCACACUUGGGCUCAUGGAUGUUCAUUCAAUUCAGAUUUCAGCACAUUGUGGCACAUCUAGUUUCGACUUGCCCGGGCAUCUUUUAGUAGACUAUCGCCGAGCCCAAAGGCAAAAGUAAGCCAAGCAUACAAAGUUAGUUGAAAUCGUUCGAACAUAUCAAAUAACCUUUUUUGUACCGUUGGAUACGUUGUUAAAAAACGACAUCAUCCACAAAGCCAGUCGGCAUCAAGUUGAUUGUUUUUAAUGACAGGGCUUUUCCAGUAUUCUGUUCACAGUGGAUUUUACAGGUCUGAGGUUAUGCCGAUUGUUUGUGAUUUAUUACCAAUGCCAUAACAUUCAGUGAUGCUUUGUGAAGCAAAAAGAAAACGUCAUUCCCUUGAGACCUUGCAUGACCGUAAAUACAACAGAACAGGGAGAGACGAUGAUGAUGAGGAUGUUUCAAGAAUACAGGGAGAUUCUAAAUGAGGGUUUGCUACUUCAGAUGGUUCUUGCCAAAACAUGACCAGACACAUGAAAGAUCUUUUCACCUCCCCCCAAACAUUAUUGCGUAGAGUGCCUGCCUUGGACCCGGUGAGCAUUACACACAGUCUGACUGAAGAAAUGGUUAGUCUUCCGGUGUCUAAUGUACAGUAUAAUACAGUGGAGGAACCAUGGAGGGCAUUGGCCUAAUUGUGGGUAGGAACCAUUUGCAUGUUUAGCGGGUUUGAAACAUUCAAAGCCAAUCCACUUUUAAAGUCAAACUUGUGGUGCUGCGAGACUAAAUGCAGGUCAGAAUCAAAAAUGACUAUACGGUCAAGUAGGUUUUCACAUACAAGGAAUUUGUCUUAAAAUAACUAAAUAAAUACAAACAGAAAAGAAUGACACAAAUUACUGCAAAAUAGUCUGUUAAAAAUAGGCUGUUGGUCUGGCACAACCUCACUAACAAGGAAAUCCUGUACUAAGACAGGCAAGAUGCACAGGUCCACCCUCACUUUGAAGAAAGCAGAACAGAUGGAUUAAACUGACCUGUUUUGACACAUGUUCUGUCAUUUUAAAGGAUUUAAAGGUUACGUUGUUCUCGUGAUUACAAAAGACAAGUUUUUGGUCACCAAAUUGCAAACUAUACAUCACACGUAGGUAGGAUGAGAUGCCAUUCCCAGUUGUUCCCAAGACAUCCAUCGAUUGCCAAAGCUUUUGCUGGCAUCUCAGGUUUCCGGGUCGGCAAGGUGACUCUCAGGGUGACUACGCGAGAGCCUUGCCCCUGCCCUGCCAUGGCCAUAGACCACUGGUUUCAAAUUCUCAAUCACUCAAGUUUGUAUCGCCCUGUCAGGUCAGUCUCUUUUGUUUGGAAGCAUCUUCUGUGGCACUUAGAAAAAGAAAAAAAAAAGAGAAGACUUGGAGGUAACUUUGUGUAAAUUGUUAGUGGUCAGAGUGUUGACAGUAAAUUUCAACAUGCACCUUUGGAAAAUGAAGCACUGCUUUUUUUUGUUUGUUUGUUAAUUCCAAAAGCAACACAUUCAGACAUAAUGUACCACGUUAUUCAGACACAUCAGCAAAUGAGUGAGUUUGACCGGCUGUGGCCAAACUUAACUUUAUAUGCACACGAGAACAGGACCUGAAGGCACAUUUUGUCGUAAAGUGAAUUUCUGGUCUUAUAAGAAGAUAAUCACCCAAUCCCUUUAUUUCCCAUCCGGCUUUGUACUAUUCCUCAGUGUUGUGUAGGGAGUGCAUGACUUUUCUUGAAUGGCCUGAUAUUUGAACAAGCAUAUGAAACCUAUUCAAUAUAAUAAAAUUAUAUUUUGUGCUUUUAAAAGCCAUUAGCCAUAGCAAUAUUCAUUGAUUUCUUUGGGGGUCUGGAAGAUGAUGUUUGAUUUUCAUGUCCAGGGACCAGGUGUUAGUAUUAAAAAGUUUGAUGUGUUUGAUUUCAUAUCUAAAAAUUACGGACGAUAGAGAGUGAUCUGUAGAGUUGUUCUGCUCAUAAGACCUAUGCGUUAAAGCUGCAAUACUUUUCUUGUUGUCAAAGAACAAAAAUAAUUUUAUAUUUACUACAAUUAAUAAUUAUGAAAACCUGACCUGAAAACUGUAAUCCAAGACAUUACUAAAACAAAGAACUGAGAUGUGUUGAAUGCACAUUAAUACAAAUUUGUAUCAAGUACCUCUCACUCAAACUUUACACAUGGUCUACAGAAAUUUCAUAACAAAGACAAAACACAUAUUCCCUCUCAAGAGCCUUAGUUCCUUAGAUGGGGGCUGACUCCCAGACUCGUGUGAUUCUUGAUCUGGUGUAGAUCCUAGUGGGCUGAUGUCCAGAGGGGUAUUCCAAGUAUGUGGUUUAGUGACAAACCUGGCUAAGUUAACCCAGAGUAGGUGGUAAACCUCCUAAACCAUGUUCUUGAAAUACCCCUCUGGUAUUUCAACCCAAAUUAAAAUCAGAAAAAAUGAAUUUUAAAAGCACAGAUGCAGCAUAUCCAUUUGUUUAUUAUUACUAUUAUAUAUAUUUUUUUUGUUAUUUUUUUUUUUCUCCAAACUUUUUCUACUAUUUUAUGCCUUUACUAAGCCAUUAUGUAUACACUAUGUAAGCCACCAUUUAUGUUUUGGCAACACAUCUCAUCUUGAUUUUCCAACGGAAGAGCCUUUAUCUUUGUUUUUUUAAUUAUCAUAAAUGUUAGAAUUGUUAUUUCUCCUCAUCAAGCGAGGGGGCAACUUGUUUGUUAAUGUGUGUGUUUAUUUUACCUAAAGCCUAAUCAGUCUCGAGCGUAUCUGAGGGUCUACUAGUGAGCACGAGCAGUGAUGUCACUGUGUCGGAGACGCUCCCGUUGCUGCGGACCAUGUCAGCGCGUAAGGCUUUGACAUUAGCCAGAUGCCCGUAGUGGUCCAGUGAUGCGCAUUGCCCUUGCGGAGUCACGCACAGAAGCACGUAAGCCAUGCGGUGUGCACUGCGCUGCAGACUGCCACCCCCCCCCCCCCCCCCCACACACACACACACACACACACACACACACCACCACCCCUUAAGUCCCAUGCAGCGUGAGCACCACAAAACAACUCUACCUCCAUGCCACUUAGCUUGCGUUUAAAGUGUACAAUUAAAGAGUACAGGCUCACCCGCUUACUCCUGCAUUGUACAGGUGCACAUAAGUAGCAAAUAACGAGGCAGGGGCUAGACAUUGUGUUUGCUUUAGACUUUGUGCAGUCCCGACGGUAAAAUCCAUCCUAUAGGUGAGGGGCACAGUCAUGUGGUGGGUAUGCAUUGCAUACAAACACUUCUUGAGCUUUUAUCACUAAUGGAAAAAGACUGAGGGCUUUGACUUUGCUUAUGAUGGACAGAGAGCUUGGUUUGUGAUGUGAUGUUUUCUCCCUCUUUGCUAUUUAACUCACAGUUUUAUUCAUAUUUAUAACACUGUCUAAGAGCGGGUUUUAAAUGGCGUCUAUACAAAUGGUCAAGAUCAUCUGUAGACACUACAAAAGCAUACACAUUGUAACAAUUUAUAUUCAUUAGAUACACUGAACAGUGAUAUCUGAUCAAUGCUCUUGAUUUUUGUGCUUGCUUUUUUUUUUUUUUUUUUACAGCAUAAUAUUAGCCAAACUUUGUUAUUUUGCUAAGUUAUUUGUACUACAUUUUGUGUUAAUUGGAGAGACAAUAUUGACGAAGACGAUUCAUCUCAUUAAAAUACUGUUGUGUAUGAGUGUCUUUUAAGCUUGGUUUUUGAAUGGCUGUGUCACAGUACUCUGUUGUUUCUGUAAGAGUUCAAUUUCUACUUUUAAAUUUGUUUCAAAUUAUUAACUUUUAACUGUUCUCUUGUUUUCUAUCAUAUGGUAAUCAGUGGAAAACAUGUAUUUAAAAUCUGAUUAUUGCAUGUGCACUAACUGUGUUUCAUUGGUCUGCAUUCAGUGUAAAUAAAGAGGUUUGAUGGCUGUA